UCGUGAACAUUUUAUGGUAAUUUUUCAGAUUAACACCCGCACGAUCUUCACUAGAGUGUUAGGGUUAGGGUUAGUUUUAGAGUUAGAGUUAGGGAAUUCCGUCCCUAACCGUAACCCUAAACACUAACCCUAACACCCUAGUGAAGAUCGUGCGGGUGUUAAUCUGAAAAAUUACCCUUUUUAGUGCCCGAAGAGUAAAUUUUAAGAUUUUAUUUUUAUUUUAUUAACUAUCGCAGUCUGCAUAGUAUUUUGUUGUGAAAAAUUACCACUUCCGUCUGUACUUCUUUCCCGAGAUUGUCUAAGCCAUAGUUUUGUUCAUGCACCAAUAAAUUAAACCCAGAAGCUAACUAUAACAAGUGCGUGGUUUCCCGGUCUGUGGUGCAAAAUGGUUAGGAAUCAUUGACGUAGGCAAUAGAAAUCUGAGUGAACAGACAUAUUUUUGUCUUAGGCCUCAUUGAAGUAUAUCCUGUUCACUUAGCCAGAAUAGGAAUAUUCAGGAAUAGAAGACGCUGGUUAUGAACAUCUACAAUACAUCGAGAGGAAAAUACUUCAUGGAAACGUCCUUCAUUCUAAACACGAAUACACUGAGUUGAAAACAAAAGGUGUGUUCCAUGGUUUUAAAUGAAGAUACUAGGCAAUUGCAUAAAAAUGUUGAGAAAUUUUCACCUUUAAACGUCAUUAUGUAGACCUGAAACAACCAAAAGCAGAUCCUAACACUAAAGCUAUUGAGAAAGCUAAGACUGUCCUAACACAAAUGCUCAGAUGAAUUUUACCAAAAUUCAGAUAUUCUCACUUUUCAAGCAGUUUUCAGCAAAUAUUUUAAUUCUAUGUCAGUUUCAGAUUACUGUAUAAUCUCCCUGAUAUUUCAACUGUACUUCAUAAGCCACUACUGAAAAUAUUAAAUUUCUUCAACUUGUAGAAUUCUCAGGUACAAGAAAAUUUCAAAUUACCUGUUUUAGCAUGUCUAGAAAUGUAACAAAAUGAUUAAUUAUCAAGCUAUUUGAAACAAAGAAAAUUUCAUACAUGCAUAAGCAACAAGAAAUUGUUUUUAGUAACAGAUCUAAAAUUGUAAUUUUCACUCAGAUCUGCUCACUUAAACCCAGUUUAUGCCUAAGGCCUAACAACACAAAUCUGCUUCAUCUUAAGUCAUGUGGUUAUGGGAUAUGGCAAAGUAGCAGAUGAGAAUGCAUUAACCACAGUACUUUCAAACUUGCACACAAGUAGCUUGGGCUAUAUCAUUAUUCUUCAUUGAAACUGAAGCAGAAACAGAGUCUGACAGUCCUCUGAGCAACUGACAUGAUCUUUCUAGGACUCCACAACACACCUUCAUUGUCUGAAAAGGGAAUAUAAAUGGUGAUCUAAACAUUAUUGACUUUGAUUACACUGGAUAGUUAAAUGCCACAAGAAGAGGCUCAAAAUAAUAUAAUCAAUUAAAAUCAUAGUAUGGCUACAUUCCAAUGACUGAAACCAAUAAAAUAACAUGUUUAUGUCUGAAUAAAAAAUAUAUGCAUGUAUUUAUACAUAUAUCUGUAAUGUGCACAGAUUAAAGAGUGUAUAAAUUGUAUUUCUCUUUAAAUAGAGAGAUAAAAGAAAACCAGGAUGAUUGGGUAAAAGGAACAAGAGUAUGAUAGUAAAAACAAAAUGAUUGGAUGGGGGUGGAAAAGAAGAGAAGUGAUGUUGAUACUUUGUACAGAAAGAUUGAUUGCCAAGUAUAUCGAGGACAGGAUAGUGGUAUGAAGGAGAGUGAAUGCAAGCAGGUCUAGUGCCAUCCCUCAUUACACAAGAGUAUGGCACAGGGAGAAGGGAGCAAAUGUUAGAGAUGAGAUAAUCAGAGGGGUAUAAUGGCAUUACAAUACAGGCAGCAUAGUACAGUAAAUGGGUAAGAUUCUUUGGUGUUCUUGAAAUAUUAAUUUUAUUGAUUCAUUUACAUUUUGACUUGAAAAAUCUACUUUUAAGCCAAUGUCACAUUGACUCUAAAAUGUAUAUGAAAUUUAUUUUUAUUUUUCUGUUUCCUGCAAAUGUAUUUAGUUCUCUUUUAUUUCCUUGUGAAACUAAUAUUUCUAAUAUUUUCAAGAAUAGAUUAGUAAUGCAUAUAUGAGCUUUUUGUGUGUUUAGCAGAAUAUACUCAGUUGCAAGAACAUGAGCCAAGUUUGUAAUACCAAGAAAACUUCUUUCUUUCCUCCCACCAUUCUAGGAGGUCCUGAAAAAGACCAUGGUGAUUUAGCUCCAUUUAACCAACAACCUCUGCUUAGAGGUCUACUCAAGAGGUGACAAGAUCAACAAAAGAAAAGAACAAUCACCAAAAUCAGUACACCCACAGAUACUAUGAAAUCCUCAUGAAGUUUUUUCUUUGCCCAUUAAUUUAGAUUCUAUGAUGUAUUUGUUUUUUUAUGCUUAAAUCAGAAAAAGGACAGCAGGAGUUAAUUUUUUACAUGGUCUCUGAGACAAGUGAAAGACAGUUAUAAGUAUAAAUAGCCCAAAUGCUUACACACAAAGUCAGCUUAAGUUGACUGGUUGUGACAUUAAACUGGGUAUUGGACUUCAUCUACCAUUCAAGAAUAGGAACAAUCAUUUUAGUGAGCUUUCACAGUUUCUGUCUACCAUGUUUAACUCACAAGGCUUUUGUAGAAGACAUUUGUGCAAGAUGCCAUGUAGUAGGAUUGAUUCUAAUAUUAUAUGCUAAAAUAAAUUUCUGAAGUACACUUCUGUCUCCUAAUUACUGGCCUGAUAAAAAGAUAUUUGUGGGAAGAUAUCUGGUCAUUGAGUGUGAGACAGGAAAUGUUGUAGAUUGAUAUUCAAGUACUGUAUUAAUAAGAACACCAACAGUUUUCUGGACAUAAGCUAGCUGCAUUAUAGGAAACAUAAACACAAGAGUUAACUUUUCCACACUGAGUGUAUUGUGAAAUUCUUUAAUGUGCAGCAGUAAAACAUGUUUAUCAACAAAAGAGUAACUGGUUCUCAGAACAAUCCUUUCUAAUACCUGGUUGUGGCAAUCAAGAUUUCUUUCUUUUCUCUUAUUGAAAGUCAUUUCAUAUAAAUGUAAAAUUAGAAUAAAUGUUUUUUGAAGUGUUUUUACAAUUGUUCAAAGCAGAAGAAAAAUACAUACAAGGUCACUAGAUUUAGUCAUCAGUGGGUUCUAGAACUUGUUUUAAACUAUGUAGACAUUCCUGUAACAGUGAAAUAUAUAUGCUAAAAUAUUCUAAACAUUGAAAAAUAUAAUAGAUAAAGUUAGAAAAUUCAAUGCACAAACGAAGCUGAGUAGAAAGAAGUUUGCGUCUUAACUACAUGGUUCCAGGUUCAGUCCCACAGCAUGGCACCUUGGACAAGUGUCUUUAACUAAAGUCUAGAGUCGACCAAAGCCUUGUGAAUGGAUUUGUUAGACAGAAACUGUGUGUGUGUAUGUGCCAAAUCGGCCGAUGAAAUCCUUUGAGUUAUAUAUUUCUGCAUCCCGAAUGAAAAUCUCAGUGAGCUCCACUUUGCCCUUCACCCUUCUGGGAUCCAUAUAUAAAGUAAUGAUCUAAGGCAGUGGGUCGGCAGAUAUAUUAGAGCGUCAGACGGGAUGCCGUAUUCUAUUUGUUGCAGGUCUUUGUGUUCCGAGUCUAAAUCCCACGAUGGUCUGCUUGGAGAGUAGAUUUAAUCUGUCUCCCAGUUUAACAACUUGGUUCCUUAGUGCUUUUAGAGGAGCCACUCUCUUUUCAGUAACCAGACCAGGUUUCCAGUUUAAGAAUACCUCCUUCUCUCCCUUCCAUCAGUCUCGGAGGCCCUUGUAAACACCAGCAACAAGUUUAUUUCUUUAUUAAUUUUAUUCAAAAUGUACAAACAUUUUAUUAACCUAUUAACACUGUAUAGAUAUUCUCAAUAUAAUUAUUCGGGCAUAUUUUUAAAAAUGAAGAGAUUGAGAAUAAGUUACCCAGGAGUGCGUUAAGUCAGAUUCAUGAACUCAUAUUUUUAGUAAUGUAAACAAAGCAAGUAAAAUCUCAGUUUCUUCAUAAGAAUUGAUAGUUCAUAAUGAGUGUCUGUUUUCUAACGAAAAUUCAAACCUAAACUCUACCCAAUAAAAACUAGUCCUGAAAUAUAACUUCUAAUUUCUGUCUGAGCGGGUUGCCCUCUCUUCUUCGCGGAGCAAAGGAGUUGUAAGGAAAUAUGCAACCAAAAGAAAACAAAUAUUUAAGAGAGAGAGAAGGGGGAAGAGAGAGAAACGGAGAUAUGCAGAGAGAAAAGAAGAGUGCGUUUAUGCCUGUUGAGAAAAAUGACACAGAAAGAAAGAGUGUGAGUGAGCGAGCGUAUGUGAAGAAAAAGAGUGUGUGUGUGUGUGUUUGUAUAUGUAUGUGUGUGAGUGCGCAUGUGUAAAAAGAGAGGGAGAGAGGAGAGGAAAGAAAGGAAGAGAAAAGAUGUGUUGAAGAGUAUUGCAACAAACCAACUUCCGGUUAUAAUCAAGGGAAAUAACUUCUGUAAUUGUCAUAACAUAUAAAUGACUAAGAUUUGAAAAUUUAUUGCUAUAUUGUCUUUAUCUGACUUGGAAAUGACCAACUGAAUAUCAUAUCAGGGGAAUUAUUCUUGUUUAUUUUUAUUCACAUUUGGAAAAUCUUAAGGCUUAUGUAGUUAAACUCAAAUGAAACUAGAUGAUUAUUUUCUAUUAGUGAAAUUUUAAAGAAGUUUACAUAAUUUAUUUAUUAUGAAUAAAUACAUUGGUAGGGUUGAUCAUAUGAAAAAUUCAAAUAUGCAUCAAAUAGAAAAGCCAUUCAAGUGCAACUUCUGUGAGAAGUCUUAUUCUUGUUCAGCCCAUUUACUACGGCAUGUCAAAACUCACUCUGGAGAAAAAUCUCACAAAUGUACUAUGUGUGAGAAAGCAUUCUACAACUCUUGGGAUCUUACCCGACACAUGAAAAUACACACAGGAGAGAAAAAAUUUCGUUGUGAACUUUGUGAUAAAUCUUUUUUACGGUCUACCAGUCUUACAGAACAUAUGGCUGUGCACACAAAAGAAAAACCAUAUUCCUGUGAACUUUGCACAAAAGCUUUCUCACGCACAAGCCAUUUAAAUGCACAUCUGAAAAUACACUCUGGCAUUAAAACUUUUAAAUGUGAUCACUGUGUGAAAGCAUUUUUUAAUUCCUGGGAACUUUCACGGCAUGUAAAAAUACACACCGGUGAAAAAAAACAUAUCUGUACUUUUUGUACUAAAGCUUUUACACGACCAAGUAGUUUAAAAGAACAUUUAAAAAUUCACACAACAGUAAAAACAUUCAAAUGUGUCUAUUGUGUUAAAUCUUUCACACGACCCAGUCGGCUUGCAUCUCACUUGCGUAUGCAUGCUGGAAUCAAACCUUAUUCAUGUAUGCAUUGCAAUAAAGCUUUUUUGAACUCUUGGGAUUUAACACGACAUACUCGCAUUCAUACAGACGAAAAACUUUUCAAGUGUCAGCAUUGCCAGAAAGCAUUUCUCAGAUCUAGCAGCCUCAAAGAACAUAUUAGAAUACACACAGCUGAGAAACCAUACAAAUGUGAAUGCUGUGGCAAGUGCUUCACUCGUUCUCGUGGACUUAGGGAACAUUCUCGGGUACAUGCAGAAGAGAAAGCAGGUUGCCAGCACUGUGGAAAAACAUUUUCCUGUUCAAACCAUUUAUCUCAGCAUUUAUGUGUGCAGACCAAUGGCCAGAUAUUUUAAAUAUAUUGUUUCUCUUUUUAUCAACUGUGUGAUGAAUUUUAAUAGUUUUCUAACUAUUAAUGUGCUUUUAAGCAAUCUUUUUUUAUCUUAACUAUUUGUGACUAAUAUGUUUGUCUAUGUGCAUGUAAAAAAAGGAAAUGAAAUCUCUCUCUCCUUAGGGUAAUUCUGGGUUCCUUCAAAUACAAUUCCAACAGAUACAAAAUUGUUUAACAUCAUCAAUAUCAUUUAAAUCAUACUGAAUCUUGCAUUGGAAAUAACAUUUUAUGUUUAAAAGUCAUUAAGUUUUUGAAUUGUUAUAAAAAUGCUUAGUAACUUGCUCUGGUACGGUUCUUAUUUUCUGAAAGAACUUUUUCUUUUCCUGUGUACUAUUUAAUGUUUUGAAUUAUUGGAAGCUACUUGAUAAAACAUAUGUGAUAUGUUUGCAGAAUACACCAUUAUUUGGCAAAAUUGAAUGCAAAUCUAUGCCAGCCAUUGAUAUUGCUUUUAAAGAUUUUGAUAACAAAAAAGGUGUUUUACUAUCUUCAUUAUUCUUGUUAACAAGAAUAAUGAAGAUAGCAACUAAAAAUGUAUUAUAUUUCUCCAUUGUGAACAUUUUAUAUAACUGGAAUUUUAUUACUGAUGUUUUUCUAAUAAUUUCAAAAUAUUGCACCAUUUUUCUUGAGAUAUUUCAUAAUUUCAUAAAAUAUAACCUACUAUUUUAAAUAAUAGGUUUGUUUUCAUAUCUUUUUGUUACUUUUAGUAUAGUAUGUCCCCACUCAUAAUAAUAGAAGUAAAAGAAAAUAGAACUUGAUGGAAAAUUGCAAAUUUAGAUAUUAAAUUUACUUUUCUGUGUUAAUCUAUAUUUUCUGUUUAAAAAAUGAAGCAUUUUUUUCUUCUUGAAUUAGGAAUAAAGAAAGCAAGCAGAAGUAUUUAAAAUAUUUCUGUAAAUGUGAAUAAAUAAUAAAUAAAAAAUACUUUCUGUUAAUUUAAAAACUGAAUAGAAAGUUAUGAUAAAUGUGAAAAACUUUCAUUUCUUAUGUAAUAACUGCUUAUGAAUAAAUUACAUAAUAACCACAAAACAGUUUUUUCAUAUUUAAUUACUUUGUAUAUAAGAUUUAAAAUCAUAAUAUUUUACUCGCCAUAAGUUACUAUGUAAACUGUAUUAACAGUAACAAAAUAUUGAAUUUUUUUUUUUUGUGUUAUGUCAGCGUUUUUUCAAAAUCAAAUAUUUUUUACAUGCAUUUUUUCUAUGCUAGCAAAAUUUAGGUUUUAUAAAUUUAAACAUUUGCAUAAAUGAUUGACUAAAUACUUUUCUCAUGCAAAUUUCUAAACUCUGAAGAAAAAAAAAAAUUAAUUUUUACUUUCUCAUGCCAAGAGUAAUAUUCUGUGCGGUUUACCAAUAUUUGUAUGCUGCUUUUUGGCUUGUGAUAGUUGUCUAUAUUUCUGUGAGUGCAGUAUUGCUGAAGAGUGAAACAAACUUUAUGCCUUUUCAAGUACAAAUUAGAAUAAUUUUGAAUCAAAUUAAAAUAAUCGCAAAACAAAUUAAACUAACCUUGAAGCAAGUUAGUUUUUUUUCUGAUUAAGUUAUGCCAUUAAACAAUACUUCUGAUACAUUAAUUUAAUGAGUUGUAGAUUAGAAUUUAAUUUUCUCUGGCAGCACUUUUGGCUGAGUAUCAAAACAUCUUUCAUAAGUGUAUGGGAACCAACUGUUUUGGAAAUACAAAACAGUCACUCUGACUGUGAAAUGCAUUUACAUCAGUAAAAUAAUUUCUUUUAUCAAUCCUUAUGGUGAAUGUAAAACUUCACAAAGAUUCUUCAACAUUGUGACCAUUUGUUUAACCAUUUAACUAGUGACUCACUAUAUUCAUGUUCUGUAUUCUUUGUCAUGGACAAACGUGAUGCACAAUCUCUGCAAAGCCAAUUAUAUGCUGUUGUUUUCUUAACACCAUGUGUGUAGCAGUAAUAGAUUUCAUAUCUCAUUCAGUAGCAGACAGUACAUGUAUAUAAGUUUCAAGUGAAAAUUUCUUGUGUGUCCUUCAGUUGCUUGUUUCAGACCUUUUGAAAUAACAGUGCUUGUAGCUGGAGACAAGCUAUUGUUGCUUUGAGACUCACUAUUAUCAUCCGUAAGUAAACGUAGCAUUGUAAACUUAAGUCAAAUAAUGAAAUGAAUACAAAUUUAAAAUGAGUUUGAAGGUGGCCACAAAUAGAAUACUUUCUUACUUUUGCUGCUUAUAUACUGGUUCAUUUUCUAACCACUCAAACUUAACCCUUGCUCUCCUCAUAGUCACUUUAUAUAAAAAAAAGAAAGAGAAGGAUCAGUGGUCCGUCUCAAACCAUAGGUUCAUUAAGUUAGUUUCUGUGGCAUAUAUAUUUCCCUACUGGACACCAGUCUGUCACAAGGUUACUCAAUUUUGCCAGCUGAGUGGACUGGAGCUAUGUGAAAUGAAGUGUUUUGCUUAUGAACACAGUGCAGGAAUUGAAACCACAAUCUUAUGAUCAUGAGUGCAACACCCCAACCACUAAGCCACAUACCACCACAUACUUAGUAUACCUCUUUUUUCAUGUUUACUUUGUUUUCUCUAGCUGUCGUGUACUUCAUCACUGAUAGUCCCCUCAACUUCUGGUAAUUAUAAUUAAAUGGAAUUGUUUUUCUGAUCUGCCAGAUUAUGCAUUUUUUGAUUAUCUUAACACACCUAAGCAAAUACAGUAUUUAGACCUUGCAUUCUGGUAUUGAAAUGCUGAAGAUUAACUCACAUGAAGGUAAUAUUCCAGCAUUGUUUUACCUGUGAUGGCUAACACAAUCUAAAGAACAUUGCCAACCAUUCUAAACAUUCUUCAGUAGUGGGGAAAAAUCACAAUGUAACAAAGGUACCUGCAUACUUUUUAAAUAACAUAUUUAAUUGAUUGUGUGUUCAAAGCACAUUUCACCAGUGAAGAAUGGCCAUAAAAAAUAAGGAUGAUGGUGUGUAUGUGCACACAUAUACAGGAGUCUUUUUUUAUUUUAUGUAGUGAAUCAGGCAGACCCAUGCACAAACUUCUCCAAUGUCAGAAUUCCUUUAGAGUAUACAAUGAUUUAAAUGUGAACUAGAUGAAAUUUCUGUAUUUCAUGCAGUCUUCAUAUGUAUGUGUUUCUGAUAUAUUUUAGACUAUACUCUUAGCACUGAAUUAUGUAUUCAAAAUAGAUGUAUCACUUCUAAAUAAAUGAAUUUCUUUUCAAAUUAUUAUUAUUAUCAUUCUUAGGGCAUUGGAUUGACAAAAUCAAUAGAACAGCGAACAAAAAGUGUUUUGAUAGAGUCCUGUAUCAGUCAAGUAUUGGGUUCUGUGCAUUUGAUUAAACCUUCCUCUCAAAAUUUCAGUCCUUGUGCCUAUGAUAGAAAACUCUCAUUAUCAUAUCAUUAGAAAUUAUUUCUUAUGAAGUGCAGUGGAUCUUGCUAUAACAGAGUAUUUAGUUUUGUGACUUUUUGUUCUUUGAGUUAACUUUACCUUUAAUCUUUAUAGAAUCAUUAAGCUAUAUCUAAAAAUAUUUUAACCUGAUCAAUGAAGAAAGUGAAUAAAUAUUUAAAGUUUCAGUUGUUUCCCAUACCAAGGAUCUCUAGUUCAGGCAGCAAGCACAUUUUAUAUAAUGCAAGAGGUACAGAAAAGUGUGAGCAAUGAAACCUAAAGGUUUCAAAGUAAUUAUGAUAAAUAUGAUUUAUAAAUAGGAUGCAGAAAGUUCAGAUGAAUUAAGACAAUUACCUGAAUUAGUAACUUCAGAUAUUGUUAAAUUAUGAUUGAGUUUUGGUAUGGAAAUGUUCUUUUCAGUUGUUUCAAUAGAACCUCAUUUUUAUUUUGGAGAUAAGAGUAAUUUCUUCUAUAGCACUAAAUUUCUUUGUAAGCAACUAAAUGCUAUAGGUAAAGCAGUUGUCAAGUGAGAAAAUGUUAAAUAUUUAAAUUAGAAUGCUUUGUGUUAAAAUUUACACUUAACUUUCUCCCUAGUAGCUUGUUCUGAUAACUAUUAGAAAUAAAACUUGUAACAGAUCAAUAUAAGCUUGGAUCAUCCUGAGAAUGGCUCAGAUUUAUUUAUAGAUUAUCUGAGUUUCAUUUAGUUAUUUAAACACCUUUGAGUAUUUUAGAUGCAUGUAUCAUGGUUUUUAAUUUCAUUUUCUAAAAGUAACUCCCCAUCAUUAUUGUUAUUUCAUUAAAACUUUAUUUAUUUUUAUUUUCAAUGUAAAUUUGUUAUUAAUAUAUACUGGAAAGAAUCACAGUGCGAGUUGGUGCUACCUUUGUUUUGAUAUUUUUGUCUACUUAAAUCAGGCAUUGUUCUUAUAUUCACAGAUGUCAGAAUUGCUAUUUGAAACUAUUGUGAUUCAGUAAAAUACUCCUCACCUAUCUAUGUAAAAUGUCAAUGUUAUUUAUUUUUCUAAUAAUCGCUUUGAUAUGUGUCAAUAAAUUGUCUCAUUAAAAUUGUGAAAUAAUUUGUAAACUCUAA